AUGGUCAUUCAACAUAAUCUAGCGCUCAAACCAAAUUUCAUUUACGGUUUGAAGUCGAGCACGGCACUGAACGUUAAUUUUGCGUCUAAUGAGGACGUUAUAUACCCAGCGGGCGGCGUGCUUGUCUUGCACAGUCUUCAGAACCCACGCAACCAGAAGUACAUUCAUCUGCACAACAAACUGAAACCACUCAACGUUCUCUGCAUAAGUCCUAAUAAGGAGUUGGUGGCCUGUGCAGAAGGCGGUGGAAAUCCUCAAGUCUCUUUAUAUUCCACGACCAGCUUGCAAUAUAUCGCGAGCCUUGAGAUCCCGAAUGAGAAUAACGCGCGUGAUAUUGCCUGCAUUCAGUUUUCUUGCGAUGGCCAGUUGUUGACCGUCAUUACCGGCGAACCAGACUGGAUGCUCCUGUGCUUCAAUGUCGCGUCCAGAGCUCUUGACAGCAAAACCAGGGCUAAUAUGGCAGCCCAGCCAAACGUGCCAGUUAAACAGGUGGCAUGCAAUCCAAGUGACGCUGCAACUUUGGCCCUCGUCGGCCCCGACUUGUUCCGUCUGCUCCAACUGGUGGACGGCUCUUGGCGGCAGUUUGGCUUCUACAAAGCUCAGAGUUAUCCCCUGAGCAGCGUGGCUUGGCUCACCUCAGACCGCAUCCUCGCGGGAACCGACGAUGGAAGGUUGCUGCUCAUCGAAUCCAACGAGCUGAGGGCUGUUUUCCGCGCCUACGGACUUCAAACUGUUGCUCUACCCCCGAAAAACGAAAACUGGGAAGAGAAUAUUCCGAAACCUUCAAAUGAAAAUGUGACGUCGAUCGUGUCCUUCCGCAAAGGAUUUCUCGUUGGCUUUGGAAAUCCCUGCCAGGUCACUCGAUUCACCCUCGAAGAAGGUCAAAAGUAUCACCUAAAAACCACCUACCGCCCGCAAGAAAAUUCUGCCUCUGCUGUUUGGGCACUCGCGGCCAGCCCUGAUUGCUCCGUCCUCGUUUGCACUUCUAAAGAGUCGCAAUUUUUCCGCGCCCAGGUUUCAUCUGUAGGCGAAAACGAGAAACUACAACCCUUUGGAGAACAUUUGCAUCAAGGGCCGGUGGUCAGCCUUUCCGUUUGCGUAUGGAGGCCUAUUUUCGUCACUUGCGGAGCUCUCGAUGGAACAGUGCGCGUUUGGAAUUACGAAACGGGGAUGCAGGAGUUGCUGAGAAAGUUUGACUCGCCUCCUGUCAGCGUCUCCAUUCAUCCGCUCGGUUUAUAUGUUUUGGUGCUCUUUAAGGAAUGCGUUUGUUUGAUGAGCAUCGAAUUAGACGAUCUGAGAAUGAUUAGAACUGCUGCUGCUGCCGAUUGCUAUGAAGUGCAGUUCAGUCCCGGUGGCGAUUUGUUCGCAGUCGUUUACGGAAAUAAAGUCGACAUUGUUUCAAUUGUCUCAUUUGUCAGCAAACUUUCACUUCUGGGGCACCGUGCAAAGGUUGAAAGUAUUGCAUGGUCUCAGGACGGCACAAGGUUAGUGACCUGCGGUGCUGACGGCGCCGUUUAUACGUGGGACUCUGCUAGUGGUGCGAGGCUGGAGGAACUGGUGACCAAAGGUUGCCACUUCCUGGGUGUCAGCACCAUCAGCAGCGGCAAAACCAAUUUCCUUACAAAAGGUGACGAGAUAGUUCAGGUCGUCAGCGAGAAUCAGGUGGAGCGAGUGGUGCAGGGGCCAGAGGGCAAAAUAGCGGUCGAACUCACUGUGACGAGCGUGACUCGGAACGACAAAACUUUGCUGGUGGGAAGCAGGUGCGGUUCGCUGAUUGCUUACGCGCUGCCCUUCAAUGACGACGAGCUAGUCAGUGCAUUUUGCUGCAUUCACAGUGCUCCAGUGACAAAGAUAGUGAGUUCCUACGAUUGCACAAUUUUGUUCUCCUGCUCCGAGGAUGGCUCAAUUUGUAUUUGGAAUUUGGAGGACAAUCGGGCUGAACGCUCCGAAGCGCCGAUAGUUUCGGUGGAGAAAGUCCUGAUCGGUCGGAGAAAUUUGCGCGACCUGAGCGAAUUGAACAAGAGCUUGUCGUCGCGCCUGAAGUACCUGCAAACGGAAAAAGAGGACACCCUCAAGUACCAAGAGAUGAUCUUUGGGAAAACCACGGCCGAGAUUAGCGAGCUGAGGGACAGAGACGUGGCGGAAAUGAGACGGGAAAUGGAGCUAAUGACGAACAAACACGCUGAAGAGCUGCGCGAGAAAACAAGGCGAUUCGAGCUCGUCCUUAGUGAGCACGAAACUACGGUGGCGAAAAUGGAUAAUGCGUACCACGAGAAGCUGAUUGUUCAGUAUAAAAAGGUCGAGCAACUCCAGAACGAAUUGAUGCAACAGGAAAAUCAUUACAAAGAAAAUCAAGAAGUGAUCAUGGAGUUUGAGCAGCGCAUCGAGGGUCUCCUGGCAGAGGUCGAACAGCUCAAGGGCACCGUGUCCAGUCUGGAACAAUUCAUCGAGGAGCAGAAGAAGUUGAUGGCGCGAAAUAACAUCAUCAUGGGGAACAAGGAGAAGGAGCUGAUGAGCACAAAACGGCAGGUCGAAGAGCUGGAAAAGGACAAAGCCAACGUCAGUCUCCACCUUGACCUCAUGACCAGGCACAUCGAACCCAAGGACGCGGCCAUCAGGGAGAAGAUCCAGGAAAUUGAACAGGUUGAAAAACUGACCAAUGAGCUGAAGGUGGAACGGAGCUGGAGGGCUCAGCUUGAAAUUGACAAGUUCAAUUUGCAAAACCAAAUCAAGCAGAACCAAAAGCAGGCCAUCUGGGAAAAGACCAAACACCGCGACACCCUGCGCGACAUGCAACGCAUCAGGGCCAGGGUGCACGAACUGGGCGCCGCCCUGCAAAGGCCUCGCCGACUCGCCGAACUGGCCUCGGAAUUGUACCAAGACUACGGUCGGCAGAAGGACCCCCUGCAGGACGAACACCCUGUCGAGGUGCUGUUGGAGAUGAAGCGGCAGGUGGAGACGCUGCAGACGCUCAACGCGUCUUUGGUGGAGAAACUGAGGGCGCAGGACGACCUGCACCGGAGCGAGAAGAACGCGCUCAAGAAGGAGUGCAUUAGUCUGAUGAAACAACUGACCAAGGCGCAACAAGAGACGAACGACGCGCGAGCCGCGAAAGUAGCAGCCGAAGAGCAGGCGAAGGAAAAAGAGUGA